UUGAGCAGUGACUGUUUUGGUUUGUUUGUAAUCAUGGCUGCUGGUUGCUGUGGGGGAAAGAAGGAGAAACAAAAUUAUCAUUUCCAUCCUUGCUGCAAUGGCACAAUCGUUCAUCCCUAUACUUGUCAACCAAGUAUUUAUCGAGGUGGAAUGGUGGUUUGCGUUGAAAUGUGUUUUUUCUGUUUUGAUGUUUUGUACUGCUAUUUGAAUCAGUACGAGUCCCCAAAGACUCCCAAUUUUCCAAAUGAGAACUAUCCUUUGUUUGUAACUUGGAAGAUUGGGAAGGAUCGAAAAUUACGUGGCUGUAUUGGAACAUUUAAUUCAAUGAAUCUAGCAUCUGGUUUGAGAGAAUAUGCUGUUACCAGUGCAUUUCGUGAUAGUCGCUUCAGUCCAAUCACUCGGGAUGAAUUCCCUAAACUUCAUGUAUCUGUUUCAAUCUUGCGCCAUUUUGAAGAUGGACGGGAUUACUUAGAUUGGCAGAUUGGUAUUCAUGGAAUACGUAUUGAAUUCAACACAGAGAAGGGCUACAAACGGACUGCCACUUAUCUUCCUGAAGUUGCUCCAGAACAAGGUUGGGACCAGAUACAAACUAUUGACUCUUUGCUCAGGAAAGGUGGCUACAAAGGUGUGAUCACUAGUGAUGUGAGGAAGUCUAUCCGUCUUACCCGUUACCAAAGUGAGAAAAUCACAGUCAGCUACAAUGAGUACAAGAAUGCUUGGCGUUCUAGAUGCUGCUAGCAACAAGCUCACGCUAGCUCUCCAAUGCCAGCUAGCGUGGGCACAUAUGGAAAUUCCUCACCGUGGACCACCAUGCCCCUUCCAUAUGGUCAAAGCCUAUGGUCUGUACCUGGGACAGGGUAUUCUGGACUUUAUGGGCCUAGCUUACCGUUCCACCCAUCUUCUCCAGGCCCUUGGUGUUGGAAGCCUUAACCCAUGAUAAAGAUACUCAGCAGUUGAAAAAGUUGCUGACUUGUGCCUCAAGUUCCAUUAACAUAGUUUUUCAUUCUUAAACAGCAGACACUGCCAUGCCUGGGUGUACAGUGAAACCUUGUGUAUUCCCUACUGAAAUUUUUAUUUUAAAGUGAUAUUUUGGAAAAUUUUCUUUUAGUGGAACUUUGUUUUGUUAUUGAUUAGUUAAAAGAAAUUAAAGAUUUUUUUUUUUGUCUACAAGGAAGGAAACCUUUCUGUUUGACAUUUUAAAUGAGGAUUUUUUUUCCCCCAUUGUGAGAAUUGAUUGGGAAAUUUUCUUGUAACAGGAGGUACUUAAAUAUUAAUGCGAUUAUGAUUUCUGUAACUAGAGCGGUUAGAAAUAAUUAAAUAGAAAUUCAAAUAAGAUUUAAAUAAUUUAUAAUCAGAUAAAAAUAUAUCAAUCAUAAAAUUAAUAGUUUGUUUUCUCAAUAGUUUAAUAAAAUAUAAAAACAAAUUUAAGUCAUGUUUUUACUGAAAUUAAUUUUAAAACAGAUUUACUUUUUUUAAAUAAAAUAACAAGAAUUAUGAAGGCAAUUUAUUCACAGAUUUCUAAACGUUUCAAAAGUUUUCAGCUAUGCGUUCAAUUAUUAUUUUUUAA